AUGCUUUCAGAAGUCUUAUCUUAUCAAAAUGAUACAAUCCGUGCUACAAGCAGUAGUGUAGAAACUAUAGAUAAGCUUCCUAGGCAAUGUUUAUGCGCUUGUUCCGUUAUAAUUUCAAAUAACAGACUUUCUUCAUUGAAAGGAAUCCAUCAAUUAAAGAAUAUUUCAUAUCUUAAUAUCGAAAACAAUAAAAUUUCUACAAUUAAUGCACUCGAACCAUUAUCUCGCUGCCAUAAUUUAAAAAAUAUUGUUAUUAGAGGGAAUCCUAUUUGUAAUUUUCCAUUAUUUUACCCAUAUUUACUUUCAAUUGUCCCUUCUCUUGAGUUAAUUAAUGGUAAACCUAUAUCAGAUUUAGAAUUUUCUCCAAUAUAUGUUAAAAUUCAAAUUAAUCUAGAGCAAACAAUGCUAUUACAUUUAGAAUCCAUAAAUAACAUUCUAUCUGCUCUAAAGUUAUCAAAAGUUUCUGGAAUUUCUCCUGAUAUUUCAAUUGAUUUAAUUUCACACGAGAAAGAUUUAAUAAAUACGAUCAGAUCAAAUAAUUUUAACAUUUCAUUCAAACAAUACUUUUCACAUUUAAGAGAAUUGAUUCUCAAUUAUCACAAAACUCUCAAUAAAUACGCAAUACAGUGCAAACUUCCGAAUAAGCAUAUAAACAGUCACAAAGAGCUAAUACAGCUAUGUAAUUCAACAUAUGACAUUGAAAGUCUCCUAGAUCUACUCCAAAAGUUGAACGAGACCUCUUUUGAAUUUGUUACGCAAGAAACAGAAAAUGACGAAACUACAGAAACCAAAGCCACCAUUUCAUCUGAAAAAGCACCAGAAAAUUCCGAUAAUUUUCAAUCAACAAAGUCAGAAACGAAACAGGAACAAAUUUCAGACAGCGAAGGAUCAUUUGUUGACGAAAAGCCGCUCAAUCUCUUUCAGAACAACAACUGCAGCAGCGAGAAGAAGGAUGAAGACACUUUAGUUUCGAACGACAUUGCUUCUGAUGAAGAAAAGCCAAAUCUAAACACAAGUGUCCAAUCAGAGGACAAAUCAAAGGAAGAGCCAAAGAAAUUUGAUGAGUACAAUUCGAUUGACAACGACCAAGCAUCAGAUGAAGACAAAACAAUGAACUCUGAGUCAGAAGCAACAGAAAUUAAAAGACAUUCAAGCGUAACUUUUCUUAGUAACUCCAACCUUCUCCUCCAUAAGGAUGACACUGUUUUCGAUGCCUCGCAAGGUGAAAAUCUGACAUCAACAACGAUCCUUAUUAAAAAUGACACAGAAAACAGCGAUGCAAGCGAUUUCGACGGAAAUCCGCAGACAAAAACUGAAAGAAAAACUUCUCUCCUUGUCCAAUCCAGUGAAUUCCUGGCUUCACGUGGAGAGUCAAUGGAUUCUAACCAGUCACCACUCCAAUUAACCCGACCUGCUGGUUUGUCUGAGAGUAUUUACUCCGAUUUCGAAAAGCCAAAAGCAGAAAAGGACAAUCACCAGCCACAAAAAGCCCUGCUGAUGACAAAUGAUGCAAAUUUCGAAGGAGACUGCGGAGAAUCUCUCGUCGAAAGAAAAGCUGCAGAAGUGUUAGUAUACGACAGUGAUUCUGUAAGUGCAUUUCCAGGUGGAGAUGAGAUCGCCCUGUUAAAUGAUUUGUCAAGGUAUUUUGCAAAAUGGAAAGUUAGAUUGUCCAAUUUGGAAAGAAAGAGAAAAAACGAGAUAAUAUCAGAAGCACUAAAACUAUUCAUAGAAAAAGAAGAAAUUCAGGAAAAAAUUGAACUCCAAAAAUUGAAAAAUUUGAAUUUAUCAAAAGAAGUUACAUCAAUCAAAGACAAGAUAUCAGAACUUCGCUCAUCAGGUGCCUUCUCACAGAAAUCAACAACAUCACGCCGUUCGUUUUUCAUUUCUUCUCCAACAAAAAAAUAA